UUGUGUUUAUUUUUUCAAAAAAUUCAGUUUUUUAUUCAUAAUCGGUUGUAAUUUUUUCAAUUAAUGUGAUGAUUUAAGAUUAAAAUAAAUUAAAUGAUUUUUGUUAAAACUACCAUGUGUAAAUGCUCAAAUAUUCGAAAUUGUAUGUGACUUGCUUGUAUAAUUUUCUCGUCAUAGUUUCCUCUUUCAAUUAUGGCCAUAAAUCUGACGACUCACUUUGCUAUUUCAACCCUAGGAUUAAUUAUCUUCUUUACAACGUCUAGUUAUUCCAUUCGUUGCUGGGAUUGUAAUUCCAAUACUGAUCCAAAAUGUGCGGAUCCGUUCGAUAACAGCACAGUACAUAUGAAAGAUUGCGAAUAUGCUGCUCCACUGCCUCAGUAUCCCAACGUUAAAUCAACCAUGUGCCGGAAAAUACGACAAAAAGUGAAUGGAAAAUGGAGAUAUUUUCGAGACUGUGCUUAUUUGGGAGAACCCGGUAUCGGCGGUGAUGAACGUUAUUGUUUGAUGAGAACCGGUACACAUAAUAUCUUUGUAGAAAUCUGCACCUGUGCCAGCAGACAUGGCUGUAAUUCGGCUUCUUUAUCGUUAUAUUCCGUCGCUGUGCUGUUUGGAAGCAUAUUAUGCGCUUUUUAUUUGAGGUAAUAUUUGAAAAAUUGAACACCGUUGAAUGGGAAUUGAGAUCUCUAUUGAAAUAGGACUUUCUGCUCGUAUAGAGGUUGUGAAAUGAGUCACCGUGAUCGUUUCAUACGCACUUAUCAUUUUUGUAUUAUGAACUUACACGUAAUAUUUAUUUGUACAGAAUUGUGAUAUAAAUUACUACCGAUGCCUUUUUUUUAAAUCGAAAAAGUUCGCACAAACAAGUUCUGGCAGCUUUUCUCAAAAUACAGGAUGUCCGAUUACUUGUGCUACUCUGUAAAUUCCAAAUUUUUCCCCUUUCUUUUUUAAAAUGAAAAAAACAAUUUUGGAAAAUCAAAAGCAGCAUAAAUAAUCGGACAUCCAGUACAUGUUUAUAGUGAUUUUUUUAAAAACCGAAGCAGUAUUUUUUUAAAUUGAUUUUUUUAUAGCCUCGUAUUAAAUUUUUUAUGUUACGAGUUGAUCAAUUUUUUUCAAGUUGAGUUUUUAAUUACGACAGGUGCGUUUUCACCUGGUGUCCCUUUUUUUUUACCAUGAUUUUAUAAUUCUCUGAUUAUUUAUUCCGUCCACUCAUGUGAAGUAUAAUGUUGUAUGAUUGUACUUUGUGUUCAUAUUUUUUGUACUGUUCGUAAUUUUUAUACAACUAUGAUUAAUUGAAUAAAGUUUUAAUUUUUAAA